GUGGAGCCGGACCCCUUCAAAGCCUGGACACGGCCGGUCUUGUCCUCCCAAGACCUCCUGGCCUUCUCCCCGCCCCCUCUGGGCUGGAGCAGAACCUAAACGUUCUGGUUCUACACCCACUCUGAGACCGGGCUCUGAUCUCGAAGCCAUAGCUCAGCCCUCUGUCCACCCCCUGGGCCCACCUGCUCCACUACCACCCACAAGCCAUCUGAGGACGGUGGGACCUGGAAGACUGUCCCCUCUUUCCCGGCUCCCCCCCUCCGCCCCAACCCCACCCGGAGUCAGCGGCUCCACCCCUUCCCCUCUCUGCCUGCAGCCACUGCCCCCUCAGCAGCUGUGCCCCUAGCACACGUCUCUUGGGGCCUCCCGCCUCGCCCUUGCCCAGCAAGUAACUGAAGCAGACAGCCAGACUGUCCAGAGACUUUGGUGGGGCUGCCGCCCUGGGUUGGAAACCGAGAAAAGCCUGUCUUUUCCCCCCUCUAUACCCUUGGCCCGCCAGACGGCCACCCCGACCCUCAAGCCCCCGGGGUAUGGCGACUCUAGGAGCAGUAAGAGGACCUCCAAAGCUUCCAGCUUGCCACCUGGAAGGUCACUUUCUUUUGAGCAAAGGAGAUGAUGGGAGGUACUCUGCCAGUGUUCACUGAGAGGCUGGGGUGGCAUGAGCCACAGUUGCUCCGGGAGGGUUGUGGCACCUGGGGCUGGGUGGCUCGCCCUAAGCUUGCUCUGACAAAAAGAGUUUUGAGUUGGUUUUUUGGCUGAGCCUGCCAAGGAAGGCAGGCUCCUGCAGGAGUCUUGGAGGGUCGGAUGCAGCGCCGGAUGAGGAUGAGGCGUGGCGGAAGAUGCGUUUGGCUCUGCAGACACUGCAUCGGGCAGCAGGGGACUCUGGGAGGCUGGUGCAGCCAGAAGGCAUGGCUCUUGACAGCCUUCUAGUAGAAUCUCUGGAAUUGUGCAUGUCGCCCCCACCUCCAGCCAGUCUGUGCAGACUUGCUGCCUGCUGUGUCAUCGGGAGCGCAAAGGCUGGGAAGAAGGCCCUUCCCAAAACGGACUGGUGUUGCAGGAUUUCCUUGUCACAUACAUCCUGCAAAUCACAGUCUUGUGGGGGUGACUCCCAUUCCUCUUCGUCCUCCUCUUCAUCGUCCUCGUCAUCAUCCUCCUCCUCCUGCCAUGGGAACUCAGGGGACUGGGAUCCCAGCUCAUUCCUGUCAGCACAUAAGCUCUCCGGCCUCUGGAACUCGCCACACUCCAGCGGGGCUGUGCCAGGCAGCUCGCUUGGGAGUCCUCCCACCAUCCCCGGUGAGGUUCUCCCCAUCUCGGAGCACCACCGGCACUCAGACCUCACUGCUCCACCUAACAGCCCCACCGGCCACAACCCCCCGCCAGCAUCACUGAUCCCAUCUCACCCCGGAUCUUUUGACUCACCACCCCACCCACACCUGCUGCCCACCACCCCAGCAGCGCCUUUCCCUGCCCAGGCCUCAGAGUGCCCUGUUGCCGCUGCUGCCGCCCCCCACACACCAGGGGCCUGUCAGAGCCCCCACCUGCCCUCCACCAGCAUGCCGCUCCUGAAGAUGCCUCCACCAUUCUCGGGGUGCAGCCACCCCUGUAGUGGGCACUGCAGCGGGCACUGCAGCGGGCCUCUCCUGCCACCACCGAGCUCCCAGCAACUCCCCAGCACUCACAGGGACCCCGGGUGCAAGGGGCACAAGUUUACACACAGUGGCCUGGCCUGCCAGCUGCCCCAACCCUGCGAGGCAGAUGAGGGGCUGGGCGAGGAAGAGGACAGCAGCUCAGAACGCAGCUCCUGCACCUCAUCCUCCACCCACCAGCGAGACGGGAAGUUCUGUGACUGCUGCUACUGUGAGUUCUUCGGCCACAAUGCGCCACCCGCUGCCCCGACGAGUCGGAAUUAUACCGAGAUCCGGGAGAAGCUCCGCUCAAGGCUGACCAGGCGGAAAGAGGAGCUGCCCAUGAAGGGGGGCGCCCUGGGCGGGAUCCCUGGGGAGCCCGCCGUGGACCACCGAGAUGUGGAUGAGCUGCUGGAAUUCAUCAACAGCACGGAGCCCAAAGUCCCCAACAGCGCCAGGGCCGCCAAGCGGGCCCGGCACAAGCUGAAAAAGAAGGAAAGGGAGAAGGCCCAGUUGGCAGCAGAAGCUCUCAAGCAGGUGAACCGCAGUGUUUCUGGAAGCCGGGAGCCAAGGCCUGCUAGGGAGCAGCUCUUGGAGUGGCCUGACCAGGAGCUGGAUCGGGUCAACAGUUUCCUGAGCAGCCGUCUGCAGGAAAUCAAGAACACUGUCAAGGACUCCAUUCGUGCCAGCUUCAGUGUGUGUGAGCUCAAUGUGGACAGCAAUGGCUUCUCUAAGGAGGGGGCUACUGAAUCAGAUCCCCAGGGUCUGACCCCCUCAAGCCUCAAUGGCUCCUCAGAGCAGCGGCCUGACAUCAACCUUGAUCUAUCCCCCUUGACUUUGGGCUCCCCUCAGAACCACACGUUACAAGCACCAGGCGAGCCAGCCCCACCAUGGGCGGAAAUAAGAGGCCCCCACCCACCAUGGACAGAGGUGAGGGGCCCCCCUCCUGGUAUCAUCCCUGAGAAUGGGCUAGUGAGGAGACUCAACACUGUGCCCAACCUGUCCCGGGUGAUCUGGGUCAAGACACCCAAGCCAGGCAACCCUAGUCCUGAGGAGACAAGCUCAAAAGAGAGCCCCAUUUGUAAGCAGGAGCUACCUGAGUCCUUGGCCUCAGGGGGGAAGCCUCGGAAGGGCAAGAGACAGGGCAGUCAGGCCAAGAAGAGUGAAGCAAGCCCAGCUCCCCGUUCUCCAGCCAGCCUUGAGGCUCCUAGUGCCAAGGGCCAAGCCCCCAACCCCAAGCAGCCAGGCAAGGCCCCAGAGCCUCCCAAAGUAGGCAGCUGUGCUGAGGUUGGAGAAGGGAGCAGGACGAGCCGGCCAGGACCUGGCUGGGCUGGUAGCCCCAAAGCUGACAAGGAAAAGGGCAGCUCCUGGCGAAGCUGGCCAGGCGAGGCCAAGGCACGUCCCCCGGAGCAGGAGUCCAUGCAGUCCUCAGGCCCAGCAAGGCCUCAGAGCUUGCCACAGGGCAAAGGCCGCAGCCGUCGCAGCCGCAACAAGCAGGAGAAGUCAACCUCCUUGGAUGAUGUGUUCCUACCCAAGGACAUGGAUGGGGUGGAAAUGGACGAGACUGACCGGGAGGUGGAGUAUUUCAAGAGGUUCUGUUUGGAUUCUGCAAAGCAAACUCGUCAGAAAGUUGCUGUGAACUGGACCAACUUCAGCCUCAAGAAAACCACUCCCAGCACAGCUCAGUGAGCCCCUGCAGAGUGAAGCUUCUUCAGGGUGUUGUGAAGACCCGACUGCCAGCUGCAAGUCUACAGAUUGUUUUUCCAUAUCCCUGCCCACCUGCCCAAGACCCUCCCCACUUCCUGCCAUCCCGGACCAACCAAACGCUGAAUGGAUGCCGUGCGUGCCGGGGCCCUCAGGACCUCUGCAGAGCCACUUCCUGGUGCUACGCAGCCUCCACACUCAGAGCCCGGGGGCUGGGCUGGCCUGUGGGCCAGGGGCUGAUGGUACUGCUGGCCCAACACUGCUCUUUGUGUUUGGUUUUUUGUUUUUGUUUUUUUUUUUUUUUUUUGAUUCUUUACUUUUUGAUACUGUGAAGAUCUUUCCUGCGAAAGAUAAAGCAACAUUUGGA